AUGCCCUCGACCACUAAGCGCGCUGUUGGCUCCGCCAACGGCACACCUAGGCAACUACCUCGAUCGUCACCAAUUCCACACAUGCUGAUCGAAGGCGGCGACUUCGAGCAAUGGUCGGACGAGAUUGAUGCUGCUCUUCGGCGCAAGCGUAACCCGCGACUUAACAAAUUCAACAAGGAGACGGCGCAUUUACACACACUCGAUGGCCCCAAUGGCUCAGAUGGCUCAGAUGAGAGGAAGAAGAAGAUGAGCGCUAAAGCGGCUAGACUCAUAUGCUCGUACGUCCAUCCGAGCAUACUACGGCGCAUACCAGAUCAUGCAUCGAAGGAGCCAUGGGAGCUGUGGAAAUGCUUGCCGGAUAAAUCCCGACCUUUCCGUCUCAUGGCGUUGCCGGCAGAGUUGAGGGAGAAGAUCUUCUAUGAGGCCUUGCUCGACUGGCCUGUGACUAUCUUCUGUCGUGACGAACAGCAAGCUAAGUCUGCAAUACCGCCUCUGCUUCAUUCAAAUCGUCAGGUUCGAGAGGAAGCAGCCGCUGUCUACUAUUCCGAAACAGAAUUCCGCUGUGAUUUUGGAACUCAUGUUGGUACCCAAGCCAGCUUGACGGCGGCGCCCGUGCAUGUGCUGAUGCACGACUGGACUACAAACAUUCUGGGCGAGAGCAAGAACCAUCUUCGCCACUUGAGGCUGUCGUUUGAAGCCUGGGCAAGACUAGAUUGUGGGAACCAUCACCAUAAAGUAUCCAUGACCAUCACUAUCAAGCUCAACGUGGAUCUGAAGAAGAAGCAGCGCCUCGAAGUGGAAGCUACCGCCGCAAGAAAAGGCAGAUGGGACGUGGCUUGGCUGAGUCAGGAGAAACAGAAAGAGUUUGACGCACACAUCCAAAGGUGCAACGAGAUCGCACAGCAAUACGAUUGGAAGGGCGAAGUCAUUCUUCAUGCUAUUUCGUCAAAUCCUGGACUAUGGAUGUUUGAUGUGGGAGAUGUGGUUGGGAGAAUUGUCCGGCCUUGA